UUUCCUCCUUUGUUUGUUGGGGAUAUAGACAUGAUUUAUUUUUAUAUUUAAAUUUGAAAUUGUGAAAAGGUUCUGAUUCAUAAUAAGCACAAUGUUCUCCGGCUGGGACUCAAUCAACUUCAAGCACUACAACCAUGGUGACACACUUAAGAUACCUGAUUCGGUGAUGGGGAUUACGUUCCUGGCGGCUGGAACCAGUGUUCCUGAAGCGGUGUCCAGUGUGAUCGUGGCGAAACGCGGUCACGGAUCGAUGGGGAUCUGCAACUCGAUUGGGUCAAACACCUUCGACAUCCUGCUGUGCCUGGGGGUGCCAUGGCUGAUCAAGGCUGUCUUCUUCCCGAUCCAGCCGGGCCAGAACUACGUGGCAAUAAAUUCGGCCGGAUUGGAGUACUCGGCGAUCACUUUGCUGUCGACGCUGUUCUUGCUUUACCUUACCUUCUCUACGAACAAGUUCAAGCUGGAUAAGAAGGUGGGGACCGCCUGCCUAGUGAUGUAUCUGGUCUUUAUGGUUUUCGCCUCCCUCAUUGAACUCAAUGUGUUCUUUCGCGUCAACCUGCCCACCUGCGGUCGAUCAUGAGAUGGAUUGGCGUUCGAUAACUGCGCGAUAUACGAAGGCCGACUUGUGAAGUAUGAUGUGUGGAUGAACGAUUUACCAUUUUGGAUGAAUGGAUGGUGUGGAGAAAGACCAGGCAUUUAGUGCUGGUUUAGUUUUCCGUUUCAGCGUCCGGCAGCUGGCUGGAAAACCCUGAGUGCAGUCGUUUAAUUAAUUAAAAUGUAUUUUCUGUUCUAUUCUAUCUACCAUGAUAGUUGAGUUACGGUAUACGUUAUGCUGUUAUUGUAAUAAUACUUUUUUUUUAUUAUUAUUAUUAUUAAAGUAGACUCAUUUACGACCUUCGGUUAAAAACCAAACGAAAAAUUCAAAAUAGAUGAGAAGAAAUGAAAAGAAUAACACAGUAAACGAAGGGAAAAACAAAAACCAAAACCAAACUAAAAAAUUUAAUAAUGUAUUUAUAUGAUUAAUAUAUAUGAGAUUUAA